AUGUCUACAGAUCUUGAAUUGUUCCAAGAUUCAUUGAAAAUAAAAUUACCCAAACUCAAAAUUAUUCAAUCUUCCGAUGAAAAUGGCACCGGAGUUGAACAAGUAAACAAGAAGGGAAACAACAGCGUGGAGUUCUGUGCAACACCAACCUCAAACGAAAGCAAGAUCCCACCAGUUUUGUCAUGUCCAGCGGCACCUACAAAACCUAAGAGAACAGCUUCUGUUUCAUGCAAAAGAAAGUUGUUUCAAAAUGUCAACUUCUUCGAGAUCGUUAACAGUGAAGAAGUUGAUGCGUUUUUCAAAGCUGGUUUUCAUGCUUCUUCCUCUAAAAAAAGAUCUGCCCUUAUAGGAUUAAAACUGUAA